GCAGGCUUCAGUCGCUUGUGAGCGCUUAGCACGUGAUUAACGUGAUAUUCACGCUCUUUUUCGUUGUGCUUAUCACGCACACGUAACUGCGCAAUCGGUAGUUCAAACGUUUAUAAACAUACACAAUUAAGCCCGGGAAAACUUGGAUGUCUAUAAAACAUUACAAUUAUCAAUGAAAAUUCAUUGAUUUAUUGAAAAAGUUAAUUGGAAUUUUAUGUUGUGCGCGGCCACCUCCCUACAACCUCGUGUGGUGAGAGUUUCACAGCAUAUUGUUGGUUUUGGGCCGUGUGCAAUAAUCGUGGGAAAACCAGUGAAAACUUUAUUUGUGAUUAAUUUUUGGAAAAGUUUAAUAAGAACUUGUGCUUCGUCAUUGUGACGACUUUGGAACCCCGCGUUUAUGCGCCUUUGAAUUUGAAUCAUAUACACACAUCACUCCAUCUUUCUCAUAUACACGCAAGUGCGGGCGGCGUUGCCAGAUCUAAGUGACGAGUUUUAUAAUUUCACAAUUAGUGAAAUAAACACGUAUCACAAGUGGAGUGUAUGUUUAUUUGUGCGCAAUUAAAUGUGGAUUUUUGGAAAAAAAAAAUUAAUUUUUAGUGUUUUAUUGAGCGGUUUUUUCUUUGAUCGCAUCAAAGGAGAUAACAAGUGUUAAAAAAACAAGACUCCACGCUGAUGAAAGGUCGACAGUGUUGCCGUCCUUCACAACCGCGGUUCUUAAAGACUUUCCAUGAAUCUUCCAUCUCUCAAAGACCUCGUUUAUUCAGUCGAAAAAGCGAUUCCCGCCAUUUUUAAUCUUAUGAAAUCGUGUUGAAUUUUUUAAGAGACGCUACAAUCAUAGAGCACAUUUUCUAAGGGCUAUUUUGUCUGCAGAAAAUUUUAUUUGUUAAUUUGAUUCAAAUGCAGUGGGAAAAUAUUUAUUUACACCGAAAUUUAAAGAAUUUUUAAUAAAAAAAAAACUUUAACGUUAAUUAACGUUUUUUUGGUACUACGAGAUAAAAAAAAAAAGUAAAUUUUUUUUUCUCAGUGAUAAAUAUGAGCGCGCGAGUGUUAAAUCCGGCAAUGAUGACGGAAGUGGGUCGUAAUCUUGGUGGUGCACGUGCAUCACCAAGUAGAGCAGCAUUGGCCCGCGUUAGGAGGGACUUGUUUGGUCCAGUUGAUCAUGCAGCAGCCAGGGCACUUGCCGAGAAAGAGCUUCGAGCACAAUCGAUUCUCGAUGCCGAGAGAUGGGGUUUUGACUUUCGUCUAGAAAUACCCAAGGAUAAUGAUCGUUACGAAUGGGAAACAAUCUCCUCUCAAGAAGUGGUCCCGGAACCUUAUGCGCUUCGGGGCAUGCCCUACUUGCGUAAACAUGCGCCGGCGACUCCAAGAAAACAUGCUUCUCCAAGAACUGUUCGCCAGGAGUCGAGAAGUUUCAUCUCGUCAACACCUAUUGCGAAUUUUUCUGAAAAUGCUGAGAGAACACCACCUCAGGAACCAAGAGUACCAGAUAUUGGUGAUACGACAUUAGAAGAAGUCACUCAUGUCACAACAAUCACUGAAAUAUGCUACAAAAAUGAAUGCAUUAAGGAACCAAUCACACCAACACUUUCUACCACCUCAAGGAAACAGAGUUCCAUUACCGAUUUUAUGAAGAGUCGCAAACGCACGAUAAAUGGGAUCACAAAGAGUAUGGUGGAGCCACCAGAGAAAGUUGCUCGCAACGCGGGUCAAAUACGCAGCUAAGCGGCGCUCAGUGUUCCAUCUCCUCUUGUUCUUCUGUUCGGUUUUAUUUUCUAUUUUUUUUUUUUUUUUCCUUUUUUUGAUUCUCCUCAUCUUCUCUGCGUCGAAGAGACAAACAAACGCGCACGCGCAAUUCGCCCACACUUCUUCGACUCAACAAGAGGAGGCAAAAGCAAGAUGGGACAGAAGCGCAAGGUCCUUUGGCUGUGCCAUUCACGUAGCGUAGCGAGAUAAAAAAAAAAGAGAGAGAGAGAGAGAGAGAGGAAAAUGGAGUGACUGUGUGAAAAAUGAGAAUGCAUCAAUAUUAUUCUCUUUCAAUUUAUAAUAAAUUUUCGAAAUAAUUUGAAGUUCACAUUUAUGAUCAACAAUUUAGAAGAAAAAAAUAUCUUUCCAUGCAAAUUAUUAUAAUUUUUUGAUUAAAAAAAUUUCUCUAUCAACAAAUUUUUAAAAAGAAAAUUUUUUAGACAGAAAAUUAAUUAUUUUCCUAAUGAAAAAUAUAAUUUUUUUUUUUCAAUCGUGGACUUCAUUGAGGUAAAUAAUCGAUUUCUAAUUGCACAAUGUGUAAAUUUAAAAAUUAUGUUAUUUUCGUUAAUUUUGGUAAUUUUUUUUUUAAAAGAGAAGAAGAAAGAGAGAGAGAGAAAUGUGAGUAAAUGAGAGAGAAAAAAAGCUUUAGAUUUAAAAAUCCCAAUGGUCGUCAUAGAGAUUUGUUUUUCUUUUUUUUUAUGGAAAUGGUUUUAGACUUAAGUCAUCAAAAAAUUAUUAUUUUCUUUUUUUUUUUUUUGAAUUGUCUGAUAAUGCAAAAAAAAAAAAAAUGCAUCUGACUCGUAAAUUGUAAGCACGCGCGCCGAGAAAGAGAGUAUAUCAUCAACGCUGAGGAGACGAACGUGCGAACAUAGAUUAGAUCAAGUAAUUGAAAUAAGUUAAGGCAAAGAGUAUAUUGUAUUUUUAUCGCUUCUACAACAGGCCUUGGGAAGUGGUCGAGAGCAGUGAUCAUUUAUUUUUAUUUGUCCGAAUGCCUUCUAAAAAAGGCAAAUGGAGAGAGACAUUUACGCGGUAACGGGGGAGGCAAAAAAAAAAUUUUUUUUUUUUUUAUUAUUUUCUCAAGUCUCGAUGACGUAUUCGAUGUUUAUUUCCUUGAAUCAUCAUCGAGACGAAAUUAUACAUUUUCGCGUCAUCAACGACAUUAUAAAUCUUGUAGUUGACGCGAAGAUAAUAUAUAUUUUUUUUUUUCCCUUGAAGUUUUCAAAUUGUGAUAAUUUGUGAAUUUCAAGGAAAACACCACUUUAAAAUGAAAUUGUCGGAAAAAUGGUGUGAGAGAUAAGAAAAACAGUAGAGUCAUAGACGUCACUCUUUUUCUUGUCUCCCAUUCUUAGUAAUUAAUAAAAAUUUAAUUCACAGACAAUUUCACAAAAGAAAUUUAUUUUUUUUUAAAUAAAAUACCUAAUGAAAUUAAUUUCAUUGGAAAAAAAAAUCUGAAAAUAUUAAUAAAUAUUUUUGGGCAAAAAAAAAAUGAAUUUUAAAAUUUGACUAUAUAUAACUAUAUAUAAUAAUAUAAAUUAAAAAACAAUUAAAUUGUAUGUUUAUAGAUUAAUUUUACCCCCGUUUCCGUGUAUAUUAUUUUGUUGUUUCUUUUUUUUUUUUGAAUAAGAAAAAAAAAGACUUUGUUUGAAUGUGAGUCGAGAUGUAUGAACCAUAAUGUCGUUAAAAAAAAAGAAUACAUUUUCCUCUGUUUUUUAUUAUAGAUUUACAAGAAAAAUAUUUUGCGCGAGCAGAGAAAACCGCAAUUUUGUACAAAUUAUUAAUUGUUUUUUUUUUAUAUAAUGAAAUAUACAAUUUUUGAUCUAAAUAAAAUUCCAGUGCAUUAAUAGUAAUAAUGUCUUAUGAUUUUAAUUAAAAAAAAAAUAGUUGAUUUAAUUUUUUUUCGUGUGUGUAUAUCCCACGGUCUAAUUGUUUUAAUUCUAUUUAGAAUUCUGAAGUUAUUUCCCUGUGUUGCGCUAGGUUUUUUUUUUAAUUUUUGUUUUGAGAUUAUAGUUCAAAAAAUACGACUGGUGGUUACAAGCUAUUUUUUCAGGAUCGUCUCCCACGGCGGACCGUACAAAAUGCAGAACGAAAAAAAUAUAGCCGAUGUGGAGGUUACUUUGGAAGGUCAAAAAAAAAACUCUUGAACCACAAGAGUAUAAAUAUAUCAUUUCAAAAUAUUUCAAAAUUGUAGUAGAUUAAAUAGGUUAAAAUUUUUUUUUACCAGUGAAAAUAUAAAUUGAAACAGCUAAAAUUGUAGAAAAAAAAAUUAAUUUUUUUUUGAAAAAUGUACAAUCAACCACCGGCUAUGUUUUUUUUGUCAUUAAUGAAUUUCGGAACGAAAUGGAUGUGAUUAAAAAAAAAAAAAAGAACGAGACACCGAUGAAACUUAGAAAAAUUGUAACACCUAUUUCGUUGCAAACCGUAUUUGUGCUGACUGUCUAUAGGGAAUGAAAAAAAAAAUAGCAAAAAAAAAAAAAAUAAAAAAAAAGUAAAAAAAAAAGUAAAAAUAUUGUCAAUGUAACCCUGUGAUGUAUUAGUAUGAUCUCAGUAAACAUAAUUUAGCCUGUACUUUUUAAAUUGUAAUUAGAAUUAACAAAAAAAAAAAAAAAAUAGUGCGUUGUAGAGCAGUCGUUUGGUAUAACAGAGUUAUAUAUAUAAAUAAAAAAUAUAUACAGCUAUAUAUGUGAAGCGUUUGUAUAUGUAUGCAAGAGAGAAUGUAUAUUCGUAUGAGAAAAAUGAUUGAAAGAGUGCAAGAUGAAUUGAAAAUUUAAAAUGGGGAGAGCAGAACGCCCAGUGAAUCACUCUUUGUAGCAGUGCAUAACAACAUUAAUUGUAUAUGUAUAGAUUUAUAAUAAUUGUAAGAGAGUCUAAAAGAACUAACACACGUAAGAAAAUUCAACGCUAUUGUUUAGUAUAAAGUUUAUUAAAAAAUGAUGAACAUAA